UGACAAUGAGGAGGGACAGUGUGUGGCAUGGAUGCUUACUACUUUAUCUUGGUUUAAAGUUCACAAAGGUUUUUAUUUGUGAGUAAAACCACAUAGUUCUUUCAAAGAACUCAAGCAUGACAAAAAAGCAUCAGAAAGAUGUGCUGGGCUUGCUCACUCCAGGUUGUGCUGUGGAAUGCACUUCCUUGACUGCAAAACUGCUGGUGGCAUGUGAAAUGCUGGAAUCAGGAAGCAUCUUAUUUUUUGCCCUCAUCAUGAUUGUUUCAGAAGCAGAGAAUCCAGUUUCAGGUGUUAUCUUAAGCUGACAAGAAACUCAGACCUGUGAGAGCACCUGUGAAGACAUGUCACACAACGGCAUAACCAACAUGAGGCCCAUGAUGGUGGUCAUAUCCACAGUGGAACAGUGGUUAUCUCUGAAGUCUCUGCUGAAGGAUAACUCUGUGGACAAAAGUCUCAAGGUAACCUUUAGUUCUCUGGGAUCAAAUCAGGUGUGCGACUUGACGGUGGAUGGUCGCUCGAUCAGUUUGCACUAUGCAGACGUAAAAGAAGACGUGACAGAAGAGGCCAUAACCCAGGCAAUAGAUGACUCCUUUAAAUCCUGCACAAAGGGAAUCUGUACAUUUCUGUUGCUGAUCCAAGGUGGACAUUACACAAAGAGCGAAAGAAGAAUGAUAGAGAUACUGCAGGCACACUUUGGAGCUGAAGCUUUAAAUUAUAUGGCAGUGCUCUCUUUGGAAGACGGAAAUGUUGCCGACACAUUGGAGGACGCCCUCAUGGAGCUGAUAAACACAUGUGACGGAAGAUACUGCCGAGUCACAUCAGCUGCAGCGAGGGACAAACUGUGCGCUCUACUGGAGAUGGUCGGCUACAUGCUGAGUGAAAACGGUGUGACUGGCUACACGGAAGCCAUGCUGACGGACGCUAAGAAAAGGAGCACCGAAGACUCAGCCAUGAAGAUGCUGAAACAGAAGGUGCAAGAGGCCGAGGAGAAGGAGCAGGCCUACAGGCAGCUGAUUAAACAACAGGAGGACAGAAGAGCCAAAGAGAUGGUGGCGCUGAGGGAGAAACAUGCUGAGGAAAGAAGGAAGGAAGCAGGUGAAAUAAAGGAAUUCGAGGCAAAAAGAGAGGGCCUGGAAGAGGCUGUGAUAAGCCACAGAGCCAUGCUGCAGGUCCAGAUGAGCGCCGCUGAUGCUGAUGACACGAAGAAGAUUUCACUCAUCCUGUUGGGUCUCUCGGGCAGUGGGAAGUCUUCUGCUCUAAAUCUAAUUCUAGACAGAGCAGGUAAUCAGUACUCAGCUGAUGGGUCUGGUAAUCAGCCCCCUCAAUCCACCGUAUCUUGUGAGAGAAAGGAGGCUUUUGCAGCAGGGAGACAGCUUGUCCUGGUGGACACCCCCGAGCUGUGGGACGAGGACGGGGUGGAAAAUCCGGAGCUGGUCAAGGACUGCUUGGCUUUGUCCCUGCCUGGACCCCACAUCUUCCUGCUCGUGCUCCAGGUGGGGCGCUUCACCCAGGGCGAGUGCGACAUGUUCGGGCACCUGCAGAAGAUCUUCGGACGGGACUUUGCAGAGCACGCCAUCAUCCUUUUUGUCCGCUUGGAUGGCAACCAGCACAGGCCUCAGAAGAUCAAUGAUUAUGUGGCUGGAGGUCAUGCAACCCUCCAGGGUCUCGUCCAGAAGUGUGGCAGUCGUUAUUACGAGCUGAAUGUUUCAAAGUCCCAGAAUGCUCUGAGCUAUCCUCAGGUGAAAGACCUACUGUCAGGAAUCAACAAACUGGUAGCUUCAUACGGUGGUCGCCCCCACUCAGUGAAGAGAUUUUCUAUGCAGGAGCUGCAGGAAAGGAAGAGAGUGAUUGAGGAGAGGAAGGAGGGGGCUUUGGAAGAGAACUACUUAUUGAGAGAAUCUCAAUAAGUAUCAGAUAUCUCUAAUCUCUCAGAGAAGGGGCUUGUUCAAAUAUGUGGAAUCAGUCCUGCAAGGAUUUGCUCUGGACUGAAUUAAUGCAUUGCUCUAUAUUCUUUAUGAUUUGCCUGAAGAAAAUUGCCACUUGGGUUGCCUUAUAUGGUUGAAUGCAUCGACAAUAUAGUAAGUGGACGAAGCUUCCAGGACUUUAAAGUGAAAUCAGUGUAGAAGUUGAACCUGCCAGCAGGGGGCAACUUUAUUCACUUCAUUGGUUGCAAAAAAGUUGCAAAAAAACCAAGAUGGCAACGGUCACAAUGUCAGACUCAAGACUUUAAAAUGUGAGUCACAAACCAAUGGGUGACAUCACUGGUAGCCCCAUCCACUGUGUCUUAAACGGUAUAUGGGGGAAUUUCACAAACCAACCAAUUGAAGGGAAUCAUUGUUCUAUAUAUUUCUAAAGAUUUAAAUAAUAAAUUUAUGUUAAGCAUACAUGCACUGAAUGUAAGCCAAGGUUUGAUAGCAAAUUUGAAGUGAUCAUAAAAUUUUGAAUUGUGAAUAAGAAACAUCAGUGGUGGUGGUGGAGGUGUUAGGUGGGGUGAUUUUCCAGAUGGAAGUGAAGACCAGAGUGCAUUAGGAAUUAUUGCUAUCUAUGUUUAUAAGCAGACAGGGGAGGAAAAGAAGUACAGCUGCACAUUUUAUUUGGACAUUGGUGUGAGACCUUAUCUGACAAGUUUAUGAGAUUUACUGGUUGACAACUCGAUUGCCUCACAGUAACAUCCUUAAACACGGUCCUUCAGAUGAACUCAGUUGCCAACAAAUUGAUGCAACUGUGUAAAAACAACCAUGUUGAUGCCAAAUGUUUAGAUAGCAGUCAUUGUGUAACAACUUAGUGUGCCGUAAUGUAACUUCACAUUUUAAUGGUGAUUUGUUAAUUGCAGUUAGUCUGCCCAAUAACUGUUUGUGUUGAUCUUCCAUCUCUUUAUCUUUGUUAUCUUUAUUAUCUUUGUUAUUCUGCUUCAUCCGAUGAUU